AAGACAUAUUAUACUGUCUUAAUUUCAAAAAUACCAUUGUCUUAAAUUGGUAGUUUCCACUAUAGAACACUAGGUAUAUUAUUACAUAUUAGAUAAAUAUAGGUCAGUUAUAAACGAUUAUAAAUACCUUUAUAAUAAUUAAUGAUAUAUAGGCACAUUGCACAAUUGGGUAAAAACAAAUUCUAGAAAACAGGGGACAUAGGCUCAUAGCAAUAAGCUAGGUACUAAGGUACAACUAAGCGCAUAAGUCCGAGAACGAAUGCAAUUUAACAAAAUGUAUAUAACAUAUUAUUAUGUUGACUUACUUGACUUGUCGGAAACGAUGUUGUUAUUUGCGUUGACUUAUGCGUCCGUCCUCGGUAGGAAUGAGUUGCGAAGACCGGCAUCGUCGACCACCGCAAGGAAAACGACGACAGACGAUUGGCUGGGCCUGCGGCCGAAAAGCAACGCGGAGAUAACGUCGUACGAACCAUCGUCACACGGCGGUAGUGGUCAAAAUGCGUCGAGGCGACACGACUUUAGGCGACAGAGCACGCAACAGCGAACGUCGCGUUCGGCGGGCUUGUUGUUCAGCGAUGACGACGACAACGACGACGACGACGACGACAAGAAGAAUAAGACCACCAACCGAAAUGUUUUUGACUCGUUAGCCGAUGGCACGUACCGUGGUACCGGUGUAAGUGCCGUGCCUUCGCCGGUCCCAACCACGGUCAAUGGAGACGCCGACCGGACGUGGACCACGGUUUCCGAGCCACAGAUGCUGUCGAAACGCCGAGAGACGUCACCGUCCAUCGUCACGGUCGCCAAGAAAACCACGGCAGCCUCAGAAAAUAUGCCUUCUUGGCUAAGUGGGUUAAUACAUAACACAGACGAAACGACCACCCUGACUAUUGCUCCUCCGCCUACUACUCAUCAUAAUUUGUCCACUGUCAAAAUCGUCGACGAAGAUGUUCCUAAAAAAACUGAGAGAAUUGAAAACGAAAUCACGGAAGAGAAACCGUCUACGAUUUUAUCGUUGCUCAGAGGAAAAGACAGUAUCCAAACAUCCAUGUUAGAAUUGAUCCGAGAGCUGGCUAAAAAAAAACAAGACAUACAGCAGGCUGCAAUCACAUUGAUCCAAGAGCAACAAAACAGCGACCUCCUUAUUAAAGCGUUUUUAAUGGAUAAUAGUUAUUCUGUAAUGAACCCCGAUACACAAGAGUUAGAACGUCUACGGUCUGAGAAUCACAAAUUUCAACUGACGAACGAUCAUCUUUCAAAAACUCAUGAAUUAGAAUUAGAUGCCUUAAAGACUAAAUAUGAAUUACAGCAAAAUGUGUUGCAUGAAAAGCUAGAUCGUUAUGAGGAGCGAGUAAAUGAGCUGGAAGAAGAACGAAAAGCCGAUAUGACGGAACGGAAAGAAAAUGAAAAGCGCUUAAAAGACAUGUAUGAGGAAAGAUUACGUGUGAUGCACGAGAGUCAUUUAAUAGAUCUAAAACAAACUACCGAAGUUCAAAGGAUUAAAAUGAACCAUUUGGAAGAAGUCGAAUCCUGCUUACGUGAUUCAAAGCCAAAGCGUUUGACCAGCGAAGAGAUGACCGCUAGAGAGAUUUCUAUUACUGCCCAAAACAAACAACUUAAAGAUUUACAGGAAGAAGUAGAUAAGCAGAUGGCCAUGUUGGAAGGAGAAAGAUCAGCUCUUCAAAUGAAAACCGAAGAAUUUCAAUCGAGAAAUCAACGGGAACGAAAUGAACUGGAACUCUUUAAUAAAGAGCUAAAACGAUCUAUGAAGGCGUUUGAGGAUGGUCGUAAAAUAUGGGAACGUGAAAAAAAAUCAGAAACACAAUAUAUUGAAAGUCGCAAACAAGAGUUAGAGGAUGUUCGUUCGUCGGUCAUUGAAGAACAGCGCAAGUUAGCAGAAGAAAGGUUCGAAGUGGCUUCUGAACGAUACAGACUUGAAACCAUGCUGAAAUUAGAUGCUGGUACAGGGACCGAUUUGAUACAAGCUAAAGUGGAAGUGAAAGAGAAUUUUAAGGAGCUAAAAAGAAAAGAAAAAGAAUUAGACAAACGAUUGGAACAUACAAAAGAACUGGAAAAACGUUUAGCUGAUGAAAAAAAUGGAUUGCAAGAACUAGACGACCAAAUUAAAAUGAAGUCAAUUCGUGCUGAAAAAAUGUUUAAGAUGGCACUUUCAAAACAAGAAGAAGGCCUAAAGGCUUUGGAGAAUGCUAAAGAUAUUCAAAAUAAGUUUGAUAAAAAAGGUAAAGAUAUUCAGAAUCGACUGUUGGACGUUAUAAAACGUGAAGAAAAUAUUGUUAUUGAAGAAACUAAAAUAGCCAAAGAAAAGGAUGCGUUUAGCAAAUUACGAAAAAAACUUGAUUUGGUUCUACCUCAAUUGUCUGGAGAUGAAAUGCGUUUUUUAAAUCCUAAGCUGAAUAAACAUGAAGCUGAAAAAGAAGUAUACUUCAAGACAACUCAAUUAUACUAAUAGUAAGCUUUGUACUAUCCAAUCUUUUUGUUACAUAUUUGACUAUAAAAUAUAGUUUCUGGUUACAUUUGGUUUUACUUGUAAUAUACAAUAUAUUAAGAUAUAUAAUAUAUAUACAUGGUUUCACUCAUAGACCUAUAUAAGUCUAUGGUUUUACAGUAUUGUUUGUUAUCUCCAGUUAUUCUCUGUAAUUUGUACACAAGCUGCUGCGUAAAUAAAUGUUAUUACUUAUAAUCUAUUAUUUUUUUAUGAAUUAAGUAUUUAUUUCUAAUUUUAAAGCAAUGUAAAAAAGUAAGUGGUAUUACUAUAAGUAACUUGGAAUUAACGGAAUUAGUUAUACUUGUCAAAUUCAACAGAACCUUAAAAUAUUUUCACUUACCAUUUAAUUCACAUUUAAAUCAAUGUUACAGAUUUUUGAAUUAUAUAUUCCAUAGCUUUAAAAAUUAUGUACAUAUUAGAAUCCUACAGUCUACAUUUGGUUUUUCAAUAUUUUAGCAAUAUUAAGUGUUGUUAUACAUACAAAACGACUCAGACAUUUAUC